AUGUCUCGCACCCGGCUUCAACUUCAAUCCUCGGUCUUGUCUUCGACAACCCGCUGCCAAGCAUACCGCCCACCAGUCUCUCCCGCCCGCUCAUCUCGCGCCGGUUGCCUGCGUGCAUCGCAGCUCGCUGAGCUGAUCAAUAUACCCGACCAUGAAUUCGCAAGGCCAAGCCCCGGUCCCGAGCGUGGGACCACCAUCGAACCCACAGCCAGACUUUUCCGCCAUCAAGUUAACGCGCGGUACCAGCUGCGUCCUGUGUCAACAGCGCAAGGUGCGGUGCGACAAGCAAAAACCCUGCUCCAACUGCGUCAAGGCCGGCGCCGAGUGUCGCGUCGUACCACCGCUGCCGCCCCGGCGCCGCAAGAAGCGUUUGCAGGAAAGAGACCUCUUGGAGCGACUCAAAAAUUUGAUGCCUUGGACCACGACGCCAAAUCGGAAGCUACCCUAGAAGACGUGGAUGAGUUGGAGAAUGACUUCGAAAAUCUCAAGACCAGCCAAUCCGAGGGCGAUUAUGCGUCGUCACUCCACGCUCGUGGCGCACGCUGGAAGCUUGGUUCCUUUCUCAAGAUGCACAAUAAAUCAUUCCACGCCCAUGACCGCCUCUUGAACGACUCGUCCGAUGACGAGGCUGACUAUCCCACCAUCUACAAGGCCUUUGACAAGAUGUUCACGAACCGAAACCCCUUCCCCUUUCUCAUUAGCGAUCAGGAGAUUGCGCUCGUCGAAUAUCGCCCAACUACCAUACAAAUGUUUCAGCUCUGGCAGGUCUACAUUGACAAUGUGAACCCCCUCUUGAAGCUCACGCACGUUCCUACCAUCCAACAACAAGUCAUUGCCUACUCCGGUAACCCAGAUGAGUCGCCCAAAAACAUGGAAGCGUUAAUGUUUGCCAUCUGUUUGAUGGCAGUCUCAUCUCUUGACGAGCAACAAGUACAACAGCGCUUGCAAGCCGACAAGCAAGAGUUGCUCGGCCAAUUCUUUGCCGGUUUGCAACAAGCGCUCAUCAAUGCCAACUUUAUGCGAACCUCGGAUAUUGUGACUUUGCAGGCCUUUCUUCUUUACAUGUUGGCCAUCCGUUGGUUCCUCGAUCCCCGGCACGUCUUUUCCAUCAUGGGCUUGAUGGUGCGCAUGGCUCACCACAUGGGGUUGCAUCGGGACCCCGCUGGCCAAGGCCUAAAUGCCUACGAAGGCGAACUACGGCGCCGUCUUUGGUGGUCUAUCGCAGCGUAUGAUCGACGCAUUGGCGAAAUGACUGGCGCGGCCGUGACGGCACUGGCAGUGCCCAAUGACACCCGCAUACCACUCAACAUCAACGACGCCGACUUGUAUGUCGAGCAAGCCGAACCGCCCAUCGCCCACAGGGGUGCGACCGAAAUGAUGUUUGCACUGAUUCGAGCAGAACUUGCCAUGGCAACGCCCGAUGACUGGGAUCGCGACUUUCAAGGAACGCAACCUACUGAGCAACCGGCUGGUCGGGUUAUGAUCAGGCUAUUUGGAAAAGACAAGAAGACGUACACAAUCGACGGGUUUUGCGCCCACAUCGAAGGGACAUAUCUAGUCCACUGCGACCCUAACAUUCCCUUUCACUUCUUUACCCUCACAAUGACGCGUCAGUCGCUUAGCCGGCUACGUGUCAUCACCUAUCUUGUUCGGCUCGCACACGGACACACUUCAACGACUGACGAAGUCGACCGCGAGUUUUUGUUCGUGCAGGCCACGCAGAUGCUGGAGCACGACAAUAUCCUGCAAUCCCGCGACAGCCUCAAGUGCUACCGCUGGUUCACGCACCACCACUUCCCCUUUCCGGCCUACAUGUUCCUCGUCAACGAGCUCCGGUUCCGGCUGACGGGCCCUGAGGUGGACCGCGCCUGGGCGAGCAUUGCCAUCAACCACUCGCUGCGCGGCAUGAUGAACGGCCUACACUCGCCCAUGCACCUGGCCUUUGGUCACCUCUUUGUCAAGGCGUGGAAGGCGCGCGAGACGGCCCUGCGCGAGCAGGGCCACCAAGCCACGCCACCCAGCUUCAUCGUCGUGCUGCAAGAGUUUGUCGAGAGGCGGCGCCGCGCCAGGGAGCAGAACCUGCCCGACCCCCUCGAAGAGCCGCCCGAGGUGUUGACGGUCCCCAAGCCGUCGCCGACGGCGUACAGCACGCCGGGCUCGCACAGCGACAGCGGCAUCGGCAAGAUGACGCCCAUAAUGGCCAACUCACCUACUGGUGCGCCGAUGCCCGCACCGGGACAGGGGCCCAACCUGGAAGAUACGGAUAUGGACUGGUCGUACAUUUUGUCGGGAUAUCAAGACGGAUCCAUCUUUCAGAAUUUUAACAGUUUUAAUUUCGGCGACCCUACAGCCGGGGCGGGCGGCAUGGGAGGUAUGGGUGGUAUGGGUAUGAAUAUGGGCGGUGGGCCGAACAUGUUCGGCAACUGA